AUGUCAAUUGAAGAUACUGGGCAAGAACUGCGGUAUUUGCCCCUCUUCAUACGAUAUGGUAAAGUCAGGGGGGACGAAGGGUUGCGGCCAUUGUUAAUAUUCGGAGGCAAAGAUGUCAGCCAUUUUUUCAACGAACAAGGAGAGGUUAAAUAUCACGUAAAUCCUAACACAAAUAAGUUAGAUGUGUUUAUGCCAUUUGGAAAGUUCAUUGGCGCACCUUCGCAAGAGUACGUCGCCAAGUUGUAUGAGCACAGGAAGCAAGAUGAAGAUAACCUGGCCAAUUGUUUCGUUCAGAGAGUGAAAGAUCAGAAAUUUGGUAAAGCUCUUACGGAAUGUGAAGUUUUAACGUCAACGUCGGAAAAUUCUACAAACAGUGAGAAAUCUACACCAUGGUGGAAAAGCAAAGAGUAUGUCAUAGGUUACCUCACGAAAAAACCUCGCUGGAUCAAAAUCAAGAACACAAUGAUCUUCAAAGAUGUUGAUUUGGAGGUAUGUACCGAAGACACGAUUGAAGACAUUCUAGAGAAAUAUUUCAAGUUUAACAGCCAUGCGAGAAGUUACACUUGGAGAUACGGAAAUGAAACCCUAGAUAUGAAGCAGACGUUGGAAAACAAUGGGAUUCCAGACACAGAUGAAGUUGCUGAACGAUUAAAAAUGAAUCCUUCGCUCUUUAUUCCGACUCUAAAUUUGUAUUUUAACCAUGAUUUGACGGAAAUGUGA